AUGGACAUGAAAGCAGCAGCAAAAGGCAAAGCUGCUGCUCAAAGUAAACUGAACAAUCACAGUGAAGCAAUAAAAGACUGUGAGAGAGCAAUUGCAAUAGAUCCAAAAUACAGCAAAGCAUAUGGAAGAAUGGGAGUUCCCAGCCCGGGGAUCGCCAUUCAAAUAACAACUGCUGAGGAAGGCCAAUUUGAGUGUUAUCAGCCUCAAAAUGAGAUUCUGCCUCUCUCAGAUUCUUUGCCAGAGGAUCUUGAAAAAGCCGAUCAGCUCAAGGAUGAAGGUAAUAAUCACAUGAAAGAAGACAAUUAUGCAGCUGCUGUGGAUUGUUACACCAGAGCUAUAGAAUUAGAUCCAAAUAAUGCGGUCUAUUACUGCAACAGAUUGGCUCUGACUUCAAUGAAUAAAUACCGAGAGGCAAUUAACAGUUACCAAAAGGCACUGGAUCUUGAUCCAGAAAAUGAUUCUUACAAAUCAAACCUGAAAAUAGCUGAACAGAAAUCAAGAGACAUGUCCAGUCCUACUGGAACUGGUCUGAGUUUUGAUAUGGCAAGUUUGAUAAACAAUCCUGCCUUCAUUAGCAUGGCAGCAAGUUUAAUGCAGAAUCCUCAAGUCCAGCAACU